AUGCCUCCCAGUCACGUUGAACCAGCCCCGACCAACAGCAAUGGCGGACACCCUCCGCCACCGCCGCCCGCGGCGGGGAAAAAGCUAAAGGGCAAGAAAGCCAUGGAUUCUACCGAGGCAUCGAGGCUGCUGCAGGCCCGAAUCUCGCAGUUGGAACAAGACGCCGCUGGGGAAAAGGAUCAAGAGAUCGAGAUGGAGCGCGAAAUCAAACGAGCCAACCGCGAACUGAUGCAUCAGGUCUCGAGGAUGGACGAUAUGCAAAAAAUUGACCAUCUCACGAAGCGCUCGAGCGAACUCCUGGCCGACAUGCGACGCCUCGAGAAGGAGAACCUGAGGAACAAGAAGCGCGGAGACGCGCUUCAAAAGGAACGUGAUACCAACAGGACCGAACUGAGCAAGACGGUCGGUCUGAAGGAGAAAUUAGAAAAGCUGUGCCGCGAGCUACAGCGAGACAAUAACAAGAUGAAGAACGAGAAUAAAGAGCACCAGACGACGCUCAAGCGUUUCAACGUAAACUGGGAUGAGAAAUACGCCGCUCUCUUGGCCAAGCUGGAAGGCUAUCAAGAAGAGAAGGACACCCCACGGAAGCACGUCGUGGACAUGGAGGUGGACGAACUGUUUCGCGUUCGCUUCAAGUCCUUCAUCGAGCAGUAUGAGCUCCGGGAGUUGCACUUCCACUCCCUCAUGCGCACGAAGGAGCUUGAAGUACAACAUCACCUGGCCCGCUAUGAGCGAGAAAAGAAGAACGCCGAGUCGGAGUCGAACAAGGCUCGCCAUCUCCAGUCGCAAGUUCAAGCGUUUACCAAGACGGAGACGGAACUUCGCAACCAACUCAACGUCUACGUCGACAAGUUCAAGCAGGUCGAAGAUACGCUCAACAACAGCAAUGACCUCUUUCUCUCCUUUCGCAAGGAGAUGGAGGACAUGUCGAAGAAGGGGAAGCGGCUCGAAAAGGAGAACGAAGGUCUCAAGCGUCAAAAGGAUGCGACGGCAGCCAACAUCAUCCGCAUGGCGGAGGAACGCCAGGAGUGGAAGAGAAAACUGGACGCGGCAGACAAGAAGACGGCAAAACUGAUGAGCAUCAUCCAGCAGAUGCAGCAACAGGGCCGAAAGGUGCCGCCGACCAUGGCCAACACGGUCGAAGCCAACUGCACGAACGGCAGCCAAGGCGCCGUGCGGGGGGACGAGAGCGAAUACUCCAACGAGGGCAGGGAAGGCGAGCUCAGCGAGUUCGACGACGACACGGAAGAAGAACCUCAGCCCGCGGAGCAGCAGGGACGACCCAUCACGUACGGACCUGAGCGGCCACCGCAGCCGCAACCGGCAGUGAUGAACGGGCACUAG